AUGCAUCCUCUGUCACUGCAGGUUUUCGCUUGCCUGUGUGUUUUGUUACCUUUGACAACGAGCAGUCCCAUCGACAACCGUGCGGACGCAACCGAGGACGAGAGCAGGAAUGUGGUGGAAGACGAUUUUCAAGAAGAGGAUUCUGUUGAUUUUAACACCCUGCUGGCAAACAUGAAAGGAGAGUUCCUGAAGAGUCUGAACUUGUCGGGAAGUCGACCCAUGGAUGCAGCGAAAGUGGAACCACCUGAGUACAUGAUUGAACUCUACAACAGGUUCGCAAAUGACAGGACGUCCAUGCCCUCCUCCAAUAUAGUCAGGAGCUUCAAGAACGAAGACACUUCAGUCUCCAACCAAACCAAUGGUGUGAGGAUCCAUUCUCUCCUUUUCAAUGUGUCCGUGCCUCGUCAUGAAGAAAUCACUAUGGCUGAACUACGGCUGUACACCUUGGUGGAUAGAGACAGAAGAAUAUAUGAAGGAGUGGACAGGAAAGUCACCAUCUAUGAAGUAAGUGAAGGAGAAGUUGAAGGAGAUACCAAGGAAGAACAUCCCCGACAAGGAAAGUUAAAAUUAGCAAAAAGACAAAUUUAUGGCAGGGACAGUGGAUGGGAGACCUUUGAUGUGACAGAAGCUAUCUUGAGAUGGUCAAAAUCUGAGAGGACCACCCACAGACUUGAAGUACACAUUGAAAAUAUGGAAGAAGAAAAGCAUGAAGAUGGAGAUCUUGAUAUUGACAUGAAACCGGAGACUAAACAUGUACCAUUGCUAAUAGUGUUCUCUGAUGACAGAAACAGCAUUAAGAAAGAGGCCAUUGAAGAACUGGAGCAGAUGAUUGACCAUGAGCAAGAUGUGGUGUUUCAGAGCUUGGAGGCUGGAAAUUUUGGCACCAACUUGAACGAAGAAGCCUUGUUGCAAAGGCGGUCAAACAUGCUCUAUGAUACCUCCUCAAGAAUCAGAAGGAAUGCCAGGGGGAAUUACUGCAAAAGGAGUCCCCUCUACGUGGAAUUUAAGGACAUCGGGUGGGACUCCUGGAUCAUAGCCCCAACAGGAUAUGAAGCUUACGAGUGUAAAGGCUCUUGCUACUACCCAUUGACCGAGCACGUCACACCAACAAAGCAUGCCAUUGUUCAGACCCUGGUGAAUCUCCGCAACCCUAAAAUGGCAGCUAAAGCCUCUUGUGUUCCCACAAAAUUGGACCCCAUCUCCAUCCUCUAUCUGGAUGAUGCAGGUGUGGUCACGUACAAAUUCAAGUAUGAAGGUAUGGUCGUGGCAGAAUGUGGCUGCAGAUAG